AUGGAGACAAUCUUUACUGCUGUUCCUUGUCUUUCCCCGCUCAAGGUACAAGUGGCGGUUACCUAUCUAGUGGAGCAAGCAAGGCAUUGGUGGGAUAGUGCAAGACCUUCUGAUAUAUCUCAGUUGGACUGGGAUACCUUCAAGCGGAUGUUCUAUGAUCACUUCUUUCCGAAAGAGUUGCGAAUGGAAAAGCAAUUCCUGUUUUAUUCCUUAAAGCAGGGAGAGAUGCAUGAGGAUCAGUUUAUCACAAGGUUUAUAGACUUGGCAAAGUAUGUGCCCAGGCAGACGGAAGAUCAUUCACUCUGGUUAGCUCAACAACUGAUGAACCGUGCAAGGCCGGAGUUGAAACAGCAGUUGGCCUUGUUAGAGGUCAAGACCUUUGAGGAGAUGUGUGUGAAGCUGCGGGUUGCAGCUAGAAGGACAAGAGAAGUGGUAGAGGCAAGGAGGGCUGAGAAUCAAGCUAGAGCGGCCCGUUAUCCUGGUCCUACAGGAGGAGUGGGGAAGAGGAGUCAAUACAGCUCUGGGAGCUUGAGUAGCUCAGGGAGAAACAGGAACCAAGGGCAGAAUCAGAGGGCGAAUGCUCAGAGGGGCUUUAUGCAAAGACGCCAGAAUCCAAACAAUCAGACUGGUGGGGGACAGGGCUCCCGUCGAGAUUCUUUAGUGACCACCCCGAGUGUUACUGGACCGUGCCCCAGAUGUGGGGGUAGGCAUGCGGGACAAUGCUGGGAGUGCUUUCGAUGCCACCGGUGGGGACAUAUUGCCAGAAACUGUCCAGAGAGUCAGCCAGCACCUCAAGCUAGUCGUUCUACUGUUCCAGGACGUGUCUAUGUGAUGACAAAUGAAGAGGCUUCUGCAUCUCCAAACUUGAUUCGAGGUAACAUUCUACUUGAGGGACAUGUUAUUUCUGCUUUAUUUGACUCAGGUGCUACGCACUCCUUUAUUUCUGUGGAGUGUGCUCAGAAGUUGAGCUUGCCUGUGGUUGAGCUACCUUAUGACUUAAGAGUGUCUACUCCUGCUAGAGUCACUGUUGUAACUGGAAGAGCGUGUCUAGAGCUUGCACUUCAGUUUGAGAAUCAAGAUUCUAUAAUAGAUUUGUUUUGUCUACCUCUGAAAGGUAUCGACGUGAUUAUUGGCAUGAACUGGUUGAUGGCCAAUGGAGCAAUCCUUGAUUGUAAAAGGAGGUUGGUGACAAUUUCGGUAGGUGCCUUAUGUGCUGAAAUGUCAAGUGGUCCAGUUUUGUUGUCAGCUGCUCAAGUAGAGAAGGCGGUGAGGAAAGGGUGCCAGGCCUUCAUUGUCUUCUUUUCAAUUAGUGAGGAUGAGGCAGGCGGAAUUGAACAGAUAGCUGUGGUAAGGGACUACCCCGAAGUGUUUUCGGACGAGGUUGCAGGACUACCUCUGGAGCGAGAAGUGUAG